UCCGGAAAGCUCAACGACAUUCGGUGCACCAAAUUCAGCAAGCUGGGAAUUCUUGGAAGUAUUGCCUGGAAAUGUUGGCUGUGUUUGAGAAAGCAAUAGGAAAACCACCGGAGGAGCUGAAGCUUCCUUCGAUGGGGACGUUAGAAAAUAUGAAAUCUAGGCAGGAAAUAGCAGAGAUUGUCCGGUCAUUGUGGCCGGAGUCUAUGGUCAUGUACAACCUUCCAAAUGGGAAUUUUAUGGCCAUGUCACAUGAAAAUGAAAGUCCACUACAGCCCAGGUCUAACGUAGUAAAAGACGAUAUCUUCUGCAUUUUCAAUGGGAUUCUAAUGAAUACUCCUGAACUUAGACGACACUAUGGCCUUUCAAGACAAGCUACAGAAGCCAUGAUUGUAGUUGAAGCCUAUAAGGUUCUGAGAGAUCGAGCACCCUAUCCACCUGAUCAAAUCAUUAAAGAUCUCGAAGGAAAAUUCGCAUUCAUUAUCUUCGAUGCUACAUCUGGAAGACUUCUUUUAGCCAGGGACCGUGAAGGACGCGUAGAACUUGAAUGGGGAAUGGGCAGUGAUGGGUCCUUGGUUUGCUCUAAUGAUCCCAACCUUAUAAGAGAAGCCUGUGGAAAAUCUUGUGCACCUUUUCCUCCUGGAUGCAUUUUCAUGAAUGGAAGUGGGCUUUUGAGCUUUGAUCAUCCACUUCACAGGGUUAAAGCAAUUGUUCGUGAAGACGACAAUGGACACAUCUGUGGAGUUAUCUUUCAGGUGGACCUUUACACACGGCUACCUAGCAUUCCACGCACAGGAAGUGCAGCGAAUUGGGCAGAUGCCGCUGUCGCUGAGAGCGAGCAAAGAUCUUAAGAUCAUGCAAGCUGGUGCGUGGUGAACAUUAUCAAGCUUCGGUGUAAUAAUCACUGAAUACUCUGGAAAUCAUGUGUUAGUGGGUUCGUGCUUGAUGAAGAAAUGGAGGACCAUUUCAAACGAAUUAUCAUUUCGCGUAGUGACACUUCAAAAUCGUAAAAGCCUCUCUGUAUGUUGUUUUCUAGAAACGCAAGUUUCAGCAAUGUUAGUUUGUGUGUUAAAAUGGCCUGUUUCUAUAAAUAAUGCGUAAAAAUGAAGCUGAUAUCCUUUAUUAGUA